CACGCUGGGUUGAAGGCGGUGCUCCAAGUUCCUUGACGUUACCAUGAAAACUUGUACACAACCUAUUUAGGCAGCAAGUAUCAUGCCUAUGAGCAACCGGGUUGUACACAGUUCAGACAGAUGAAAACUUAUACUGGUUGAAAUGAGGGGUUACCUCAAAACUUUAAACUGGGUAUUUAAACUCCGGCCUAAAAGCACCACUAUAGGAAGACACAAAGACUCUGACCUCUGUCUACAGAAUAGUGGGGUGGAUGAAUGUCAUGCCACUAUUGACUGGUGUGAAGCAGACGGCUGCUAUGUUAUCCAUGACUUAAACUCUGCCCACGGGACCUACGUCAAUGACUGCCGGAUACACAAUGCCACUGUGCGUCUCUCUCCAGGAGACCAGCUUCACUUUGGCUAUGGAGGAUCAACCUAUGAGCUCUGCAUUGACAGCGAGAAAUCAUUUCCUCUUCUGGCUGCCCAGUCUCCCAUUCCCCAGGCCUGGGUACGAUCUCGGACCCCUUCUGUUUCACCCCACCCUCCCACCAGACCUCACCCCAUGAGUGCCGGGUCUAAACGGGGGCCAAAUGCACCUGAUCGCAAAACCCAAUCUAGCAGACCUGGAAGCUGGAGUGGUAACACAGGGAGAGCAUGUUAUCUUAGAAACAAGUCUCAACCUAACAAUUCUCAAAGCAUUCACGUCUUGCCAAUGGAGGAGGAGGAGAGGUUGCAUCGGCUAGGAGAUGGACACAUUCGUGUGUCUCUGUACUUUGAGGAUGAGUCCCAAAGGAAGGAUGAUGCGAUCAUGGCCCUGAAGGAGGAAGUGUCAGCUCUCAGGCUCCAGCUGUCUCAGAAGAAGCAGGGUGAUCCAGAUGUCACACACAGACUUCGCUGCCUGGAGAGUGACAUCAAAGAGAAGAAAGAUCAGAUACAACAGCUAAAGGAGCAGAUGCUGGGACUUCAGAGAUGUUCUGGAGAGAUGCUCGGACAGGCUGUGACAGCAAGAGAUCAGAAGAUCAGCAAUCUUUUAGAACAGAUGGAUAAAUUGAGGAAUGAAAAGAAUUCAUCUGCAGCGUUGGUUGGCAGUUUAAAGAAAGAUGUGUCUGCUCGAGAGAAACAAGCUCUUAAACUAGCAGCUGAGGUGGACAAGCUCAGACAAGACGUCAGACACAAAGAUGCCAAGCUCACAAGCAUGAUGGACAAGCUGAAAGACACCCAGAAGCAUCAGAAUGAGCUACUUGCCAGACAGAAUGAAGUAGAAUCGCUCAAGAAAGAACAGGCUUCUCUGCUGACAGACAUAGACAGGCUGAAGCAGCUUCAUCAGCAGACGCAGCAGAGAGAACAGAGAGUUCAAGAAGAGCUCAAACACACCCAGUCAAGGUUUGACCGUUUUCGUGACCAGAUUGUCAAGACUGUGCAUGUUUCUGACAAAGAAUCAGACCAAAAGGUGUUGGACUGUUUAACUGAGUUAAUGGAACAGAUGGCGAUGUACAAAACAAAAGUGGAUGACUUUGAAAUGAAACUCAAAGAGGAAGCUCACACACAGAGGGAAAUGUUGGAUGAGACCCAGAAAUUUAGAGCCAGACUGCAAGAAUGUCAGAGACGAGUACAAGAUGCAUGUGUUGCGGACAAUGUUCUGAGGGAAAUAUCUGGGCUGCAGAACAUGAAUUUGGGUCCUACGCUCAGCUGGAUUCAGGAGCAUUCACUUUCCAUACUGAACGUCCUGUACAGAGUACUGCAGAAUGCUGCUCAGAGAUUACAGACAGCAGGGGUUGAUGUGUCAUUGAAGACUGGAGGAAUAUCAGGUGCCUUACAGAUUUUGUGCCAGGACCACAUGGACGUCCAAUCCGAGCUAAGGAAACUAAAGUCAGAGAGGGACAAGGUUCAGGAGACAGAGAUUCAGAGGAGAGAUCUUCACAGCAGGCUGGAGUUCAUGCAAACUCAGUUUGAGAUGGAGAAACUUCAGGCAGCAGAGGGACAGAGAGAGAUGAAAAACACACUAAUGCGACAGCUGGAAGAGGUCAUGGCUGAUCUACAGUCAGUGAGACAGACUGAGAGUGCCUUGCGCAGGGAGAUCGAGACACGCAAGGCCGAGUGGCAAACCAAGAUGGAAGAAGCCAAGAUACGAGAGGCAGAGCUGAAAGAAACGCUGAAAGAAAAGGAGGAGAGGAGCGAGAAGAUGAAGCAGUUUGAGGAAAGAGAGGCCAAGGCCCUGCAGAGAGGAGCUGAAGAGGAGAGAAAGAAACACAGGGUUGAGGUAGAGGAGUACAGGGAGCAGGUGCGACAACAUGCAUUCACCAUUGUUGCCAUGGAGACACGAAUAAACAAAGCUCAGCAGAGUGAGGAAAGAUGGAAAGAGAUUGAGGAGGAGAGAGACUCACUGAAGGAGCAACUCAAAGAGGCGCUCGGUAGGCUGGGGGGCUUUGAAAGCAACAGCACAUCUUACACAUCAGAAAAACAACAGGAACCGGAUCAAACCAUAACAUCCCUCCGGGCAUCUCUAGUCUCAUCCCAACAGGAAGUGGUCAGUCAGAGUGAGAUCAUCAAUGCCCUAAGUUGUGACCUGUCCCAGGCUCAUGCUCAGCUCUCUGAUAUGACAGGAGAACUUAGUGAACAGCAGAAGUUAGAGUUUGAAAGUCAUAAAGCUUUGGUGGUAGACCAGAAGAUUCAACUGAGCAUGCUCACACAGAAGCUAACCAUGAUGUCACAACUAGUGCAACAGAAAGAUGAAGAGACAAAGAAACUGGGAGAAAAACUGAGACAAACUGAAGAGGAUUCGAAAAGUAAAGCAGCAGCAUACAGAGAGAUGGAGAACACAAGCCUUGUUCCACUUCAAACCUCAAGAAACACUAAAGCGCUCGGUAGGCUGGGGGGCUUUGAAAGCAACAGCACAUCUUACACAUCAGAAAAACAACAGGAACCGGAUCAAACCAUAACAUCCCUCCGGGCAUCUCUAGUCUCAUCCCAACAGGAAGUGGUCAGUCAGAGUGAGAUCAUCAAUGCCCUAAGUUGUGACCUGUCCCAGGCUCAUGCUCAGCUCUCUGAUAUGACAGGAGAACUUAGUGAACAGCAGAAGUUAGAGUUUGAAAGUCAUAAAGCUUUGGUGGUAGACCAGAAGAUUCAACUGAGCAUGCUCACACAGAAGCUAACCAUGAUGUCACAACUAGUGCAACAGAAAGAUGAAGAGACAAAGAAACUGGGAGAAAAACUGAGACAAACUGAAGAGGAUUCGAAAAGUAAAGCAGCAGCAUACAGAGAGAUGGAGAACACAAGCCUUGUUCCACUUCAAACCUCAAGAAACACUAAAGAUGUGGCAGUCAUGACAGCUCCUAAUGAUGUCAUCAAUCAGGGGUCAAAACACAAAGGUCAUCGCCGCGAGGAAGCGAUUCUUCAACAGCAGGAAGGUUUGCGUGACAUGAGAGAGCGAAUCAGAGCUCUUGAACAGAAGUGGCCUAGCAAGCGUCUGUCCCAACAGGGGGAGCCAGAGAGACAGGGUCAGAAGAAGACUCCGAGACUUCAGAGAUCUGCAGCUCGGAGAGGAUCCAUCAGUUCUGUGAGUGGUUUUGCGUUCCCUGAAGCUCUGACCGAGGUAGCACGAGAGCGUACAGCCAGACUGGACAUGUCUGAUGCUCUGGAGCUCAGCGAGAGAACAUACCUGGAGCUAGCACGCGUGCUGCAUGAGGCUCUGGAGCUCAGCGACGGUGAGCUGUCAGGCUGUGCUAGUUUAAAGCACCUACCUCCCGACGAGAGACAGCACAUAGUCUCUAUGAGACAAACAGACCUGGGGUUUUUGAGAACCCGCCUUGAUCUACAGAACAGACAAAGCCAACAACAAGAACUACUGCUGCAGGAGAACCAGAGAGAGAUACACACACUCAGAGCCAUCUGA